AGAGCGUCAAGCAGGCUUACAACUUAGCAGAAACACCAAGAACAAUCUUCGUCCUGCGGCAGACAACAUCUCUGAUCAAGCUACUCAUCAUGGGUGGGUAUUCUCGGACCGUGGGAAGAUUCGUCGGAUUCCGCAGCAGGAGAGGGCCUCCUACGUUGUCUGGAUCCCUGGGCGCCGAUAUCGAGAAAAACGGUCUCGAAAUGGAUCCUUCGGAGAAGAACAAUUCGAAUUUCGCAUCCCACUCAAGCGGCUCGAUAAGUGAGGAUACCUCUGACUUCAAGAAACCUACGACAACGCUUCUAGCGGCAACAUUGAUCUUACUGGGCUCGAGCACCCUAGACCUGUACGCCAUGCUCCGUCAAAGUCAGCCUGAACUCGAAAAGGCACCUCCGGAGGACGGAGGCUUUGCGGUCGAAGCUCAACCGCCUGACGGGAAAUGGUACCGGAUGUUGAAUGAAAGCUUGGGAGAAAACAUGAGACUCAAGGCUAUUCAUAUUCUCUCUCGUCCGUCGCCCGAAGUGUUGAUCCUCGGGUUGGUUGCCUACGGGGCUGGAGCAUCGACCCUAUAUCAUCUGAACCAUCGAGAAAAGUAUCGGGACACAAUGCUUGCUGGGGGGAUCUUGCUCGGGUUCUGUGUGGGGAUUGCAUGGGAGCUAGACGGACAGUCCAUCCUCUUGCGUAUCCUUCCCUGGACAGUGCUCGUUGCUCUCUCACUCAGUAAUGCGAGGAUUCAGAUAUACGGAACUUCGAACAGUCGUCCUCAGAGCAGCUGGUGUUCAUCUACUUGAAGAUGUUCAAGCCUUACUGACUUGAUUUGCUUGCUGUGCCUGACAGUCGUGAUGGACAAGGAACCCAACACGUUUUUUCUUCUCUUGUCGGAGCGGGAUUGAGUAGUUCUGCUAGACAGAACCAAAACAGCAUUUGAUUGCCGAGGAAUUGAUGAAUAUCUUAUUGAAGAAGGGUACUGCAGUUGAAUGGAACGCUUGUAUCUAAGUCCUGAAAUUCCCACUGCGAUUUUGACCUCAACGAUGGUAUGACGUUAUGUGCGCUUCUGAAGACAGAGUCCUCAAGUGAAUCUUGAGAGAUUGUUCUCUAGAAUGUCACCAGGGAAGUUUUAAGAGCUUCACAUUAUAUCUUCCGCAUUCAGUGUAAGAUUACGAGAAUGUGAAUAGUUCGAGACGUAGAAUCAGUAGUCGUUGCAUCAACUUGAAGGCGCCCCCUUUCAUUCUGACUAGGGACAGGAAGAAUUCGGC